CUCCAGAGUGCCCAUGCCCCCGGGAUGGGGGAGUGAUGUCAGUGUUCUCUGUGUUUCCCUGGUCACAUGUUCUUUGUUCUCAGUUUUUCCACCCUUGUCUGUUCCCUUAGUUCCCUUAGUCUGAUUGAGUUCGAUUUGUCCCAGCCGUCUCUUGUUAAUUAGCCUUGUUUACCCCUUUGUCUGACGUAUAUAUUCCGUGUUCUCCCUCAGUCUUUGUCGGUUGUCGUCAUUGUAUAACAUCAGUGUUGUGCUAUAUGUAUUCAUCUCCUGCGUUUUGUCAUAAAAGUCCUUGUCUUGGAAUCUCCAUUAUCCGCGUGUGUUUCCCUAAACCAUGCAGUGUGACAAUAUAACCAUAUAAAAGAUUUCAGGUACAGUCUUUUAUGAAAGCUUCAUUAGAAUUACAGAUCAGAUCUGAUGGGUCUAUGAAUAUUGAACUAGUGGGUGGGUUGACAGCUGAAUAUUCAAACAUCACAGUAAAAUGAGGUGGUAACUGAGUUUCCGUAAGUAUAAAACUGAGUCAUAUUAUUGGCAGGCAUUCUCAAACAGAGUCUGCUCUCCAAAAUAGAUCUAUCAUGGAAAUGUCUAACUGGGGAGUGACAAACGCAGAUAAUCAAACCAUUCAAUACUGCUUUCCAAACAACAAUUUGUCUUGUUCCAAGAGUUUCCGACCUGAAGCGGAGUACAUUGCUGUGUACAUUUUCAUUGCUGUAACAUCAGUGUUCACCGUGUUUCUGAACCUGUUGGUGAUCAUCUCCAUCUCGCACUUCAAACAGCUCCACACUCCCACCAAUGUGCUGAUCCUCUCUCUGGCAGUGGCUGAUCUGAUUGUAGGACUGAUUCUCAUGCCAGUGCAGGGAAUGAAACUGAUUGAGCCAUGCUGGUACUUUGGAGAAAUAUUUUGCUUAAUAUUUCCUCUUAUUCUUUAUGUGGUUCUCACAGCAUCUCUUGGUAAUAUGAUUAUUAUAUCUGUGGAUCGAUACAUUGCUGUGAAUGACCCUUUGCGAUAUCCAAUGAAAGUCAAUAAUAACAGAGCUGUUGUUUCUAUUGUUGUAAACUGGUUAUUGUCCUUCAUAUAUAAUUUUUAUCUGUUGUAUGAGUUUUUACUGUAUCCAGAGAGGAACCACACAUGUGUUGGAGAAUGCAUACUUUCUGUAAAGUUUGAAAAUGUAAUGCUAGAUGCUUUUGUUUGUUUAGUGGCACCUUGUUUAAUAAUUAUUCCUUUAUAUGUGAAAAUCUGCUUUGUAGCAAACUAUCAAGCUAAGCAUUUAAAUUCAGUCACAGAGAAAAAGGCCAAAUCAGAAAAAAAGGCUGCAAGAACCUUAGGGAUUGUAGUACUGGUUUAUCUUCUUUGCUGGAUGCCAUACUAUUUAACUUCUCUUUCUGUUGGGCAUGAUGAAAAUGACUCACUGUUAAUUAAUGUAAUGGAUUGGAUUGUGUGCAUGAAUUCCUGUAUGAACCCACUUAUAUAUGCAAUGUUUUAUCGAUGGUUCAGACUGUCAGCUAAAUACAUUUUGACAAAGAAAAUAUUUGAACCUUCAUCUGCAUACUUAAAUCUGUUCCCAGAGGAAAAAUGAUAAUUUACACUCUCAUGCAAAUGUAAAUGAGAUAAUGUGUCACCAAAUGAAAGAGUUCUUGUUUUAAGCACCUCUUUAUAGAAGAUUAGAUGGCAUGUAACAGCUGUUUUGUUUGUUUGUUUGUUUUAUAUAAAAAAUAUGGUGUCUAACAUGUAUAUUGUGAUCAUAUUUGUGAGUGACACUAUCUGCUCCAUUUGCUCUGUUUGAAAAUGUAAGAACAGCAAAAUUGUAGUAAUAGAUAUGUUAAAAGUAAUAUGUUACUUAGAAGAAAGUAAGGUACAAUAUAUUUUGAUGCAUAGCCAUGGUAACUGUGCACUUACAGUAAAACAAUUGAGACAAAUUUCACAACAUGAGCUUAAAUGAUUGAUGAUGGGCAGGAGUGAUGUUUAAUCAUUAUAAUGACAAUUAUAAAGUUCUUCAUAGUUCCUGUUUUCUGCCUGUUUUUGCCUUUUAAACAAAAUGAGCCAACUAACCAGCAUGACAUUUAAUUAGUAAUGCACUUAUUGCAGUGUGUUAAGCAUUUACACUAAAAAGGCAUUUACUUCACAAUAUACAGUUUACAAUAUACAUUGCAUUGACAUGAAGAAUAUUCAAUUGCCAACUUGCAGAAAUUUUCCAUAAAUAUUCUUUGUUUUGAAAUGUAAUGCAUUCUGUUCCUGAAUAUAUAUAUAUAUAUUACUAUGUUACUAUAUUUAUAAAUUUA